AUUCUUCUUUUCCAGCACAACCAGUUUGCAACAUCCCAUGAUUCGUCAACGAUUCGUUGUGAGGAUUUUCUUGACCGCCCACACUCGUACGGUACAAGCCGUCCCCUGUUGGCUUGUGGUCAUCCCUUUGGGAGACUGACGUACACCAGCCACACAUGACUGCCACCUGGCAGCUCUGCCACAUGCCUUGCUCCGUCCGCAUGUUGCCAUCAUGUUCUGCCUCUUUUUAAGAUCUUGGUAGAGUACGGUCUGUUCUUCGAUUCUUGACACUGCCUAUAUCCUCAGUGACACUAUCAUCGUAUCCAACAAAACAUCUUUACCAGCACACCAGGCACAUUGAUUUCCACUUCUCACAUCUGAAAGCCGACCCUACGUCAUGGAGACCGCAAGGAACUACUACAACAAGCAGUACGAGUCUUGGAUGCCAUGGGUUGAAGACAAAUUGCUAGGCUGGUGGGGUGAGAACAAGACCAGCUACACUGCCAAAGACGAGCUCUCCAAGACCAAAAUUACAGGCGACAAGAACGUUGAUGCAGUUCAAGACGGUGUCAACGAGGGUGUCGCUGGCCAGUUUGGCAAGGGAGGACUUCUUGAAGGAGUUGGCAAUCUGACCUCCAAGGAAGUCAUGUCUCGCUCAGAACGCCAGGGCAAGGACGACAAGGGUGGAUAUAUCUGAACGCUCCAGUCAAUAUCAAAGUCUACAAAUGGGCGGACAGAGUAUGACAUGGUUCCAAGGCAUCAUGGCCUCCGAGAAGGAUUGAGAUACUGCGAGGGCAGUUCAGCUUUGGUUGCUGCUUUUUUGAUACCACUACACUAUG